AUGUCGACAUCUUUCCCAGAAUGUGCUGAUAACAUGAGAAAAAGAGAUGUCAAGUCCCAUCCACCAACUCUGGUUGAUAUUGCUUCCAAAUUCAAUAUGCCGGUUGGAGACGCACCCGCCACUCGAGAGAAAGUGCCUGAAUCCACGCACAACCUCAGGCGCUUGGAAUUGACAGGCAGACUUGAGCUUGCUGCUGCGAAUGUAGACACAACAAAGCAAGCGAAACAUACCCACUCCAAAUUAGGUUCUAUGCCCAGCCUGAACGACAUUCGUGCACGGUUAAAUCAGCGAGGUGUCGAUAUCACCCCGUCUGCUUGGAGCCCAACAAAGCAGAAGAGUAUCAGCUCGUCUCAAGAGAAAGCUUCCUCUUCGACUGCCCAGAACAUCGGGCUUGCGCUCACUGAAGCUCACAAAACGGAUGUGGCUCAAGACACGGCCAAGACAUCCACACCUGACCAAGCAUUGACCAACGAUGCGAAUUCCCAGGAACACGAACAUGUAGACUCUUCCAUGCAAAAUGCAACGAAUCCUGGGCCCUCCUCUUCUAGCCUAGCUGGUCGCAAAGCUGCGCUAGAGGCCAAAAACGGUGUGAAGCAUCCACUACAGAAUGAAUGGACGCUUUAUGUUGAUAUGCAAAGAGCGCAUGGGACUUUUAGUGGUGAUCAGUAUGAGGCAACGCUGAAGCGUGUUGGUCACUUCACAUCACUUGAGUCCUUCUUUGACACGUUUGCUACGCUCCGUCGCCCUAGUCGACAAGAAAAGAAUUCAAAUUAUCACUUGUUUAAGAAUGGAGUGAAGCCGAUGUGGGAAGAUCCAGUAAAUGCAGCUGGUGGCCGUUGGAUUAUCACACUGCGCGAUCGUGGACGGACUGCGGGCAGUCGUCUUAUCCACGAAGCAUUGCUGGAUCGCAGCUGGAUGUGGCUUGUAUUGGCAUUGAUUGGCGAAACGCUAGAUGAUAAUGAUCUUGUCACCGGUGCAGUGUGCUCGCUGCGAGGCAAGGGCGACAGGAUUGCGAUUUGGACACGCAGGAAGGAGCCCAUCGACGAGCUUAAUGCUAUGGGUGAAAAGCUGCUGGACGUGCUAAACCUGCAGCAUGAACCUAGCGUCCAAAUGGAAUUUAGCUUCAACUUUGGGUCGAAGGACAAGCCACAUCUUUAUACGAAAAAGAGCAUGGCAGGUCUCGCGUCGACAGCACCGUCUGCAUAA